ACGUGUCUAGCUUCAGAAACAUGGGUCGGCGAGUCAAUCACGUGAUCUUGUGGACGAAACAUUUGGAAUGCAAACACGUACGGAAGGAUCCGGGUGCUGCUACAGCUAGAGGCAACGAGAGGGCACUUGAAUUCAGUGUUUUCCAGUGAAAUGUUCAAGAAAGAAGAGGAGUAUUCUGAGGUUUCAUAGCGAUAGUGAGGACUGCAUGUUGGGAUCACAACAAAGCUGUAUCUGUGCAGAGCUGCUAAUUGUAGGUUCAACUAUCCAUUGGUUUCAACCUCUUGUCUCCCCUCAUCUAUGGCAGGCGACAUAACAGAGGCAGGGGAACUUUAUUCUCCAUUUGUUGGACUUGUGUAUAUGUUCAAUUUAAUAGUUGGCACCGGUGCCCUCACUAUGCCAAAGGCUUUUGCACAUGCUGGCUGGUCGGUUAGCCUUAUUCUGAUCAUCUUUCUGGCAUUUAUGAGCUAUGUAACCACAACCUUUGUUGUGGAAGCUAUGGCAGCUGCUAAUGCUCAGCUACGCUGGAAGAGAUGGGAGAAAGAAGAAGAUGACAACGAAUCGGAAAGCUCUGAUAAUGAAGUUGUGCCUUCAGAUGGGUAUCAGCGAUCAGAGAUCCAACCCAUCCUUUCUGUGCAGAGCCGGGGUUUAUCAGACCCAUUUGAAAUCGUGGAGCGGGUGGAAAUGGGACAAAUGGCAUCCAUGUUCUUCAAUAAAGUUGGAGUUAACCUAUUCUAUUUAUGCAUUAUUAUAUACCUCUAUGGGGACCUAGCAAUAUAUGCAACUGCAGUUCCCCUCUCUCUGGUGCAGGUCACAUGUUUUUCUGAAAAUGGUUCCUGUGGCACACAGACAGGAGAACGAAAUGACACUGAUUCAUGCUGGGGACCCAUACGACGUAUUGACGCUUACAGGAUCUAUCUCAGUGUGUUUACAAUGUUCCUUGGUCCUUUUACCUUUUUCAAUGUACAGAAGACUAAGUACCUCCAGAUACUGACAUCACUAAUGAGAUGGAUUGCUUUUAGCACUAUGAUUGUUAUAGCACUUGUCCGGAUUGCUGCAGGGGAAGGGGCCGGUGAUCCACCCAUAGCCCAGUUCUCAGGGAUCCGGAACUUAUUUGGUGUCUGUGUGUACUCUUUUAUGUGCCAACAUUCUCUACCAUCACUGAUCACGCCGGUGUCCAAAAAGAAACACCUGACUGGACUUGUUCUUUUGGACUACAUCUUGGUGCUUGCCUUCUACAGCCUACUGUGCUUCACAGCCAUUUUUUGCUUCAGCUCAGGAGCUCUAAUGGAUAUGUACACUCUUAACUUCAGUGGCUGCAGCCCCUACGUGCCCACAGUAGUUGGCUACUUCCUUGGACUCUUCCCUGUUUUCACAAUCAGUACUAACUUCCCCAUCAUUGCCGUCACACUUUGCAACAAUUGGAAGACCCUCUUUCAUCGUGAGGGUGGGACCUACCCUUGGAUUGUGGACCGUAUCGUGUUUCCCCUCAUUACACUGGUGCCCCCAGUCAUUGUGGCCUUCUGUACUAACCACCUUGAAAUUCUUGUGAGUGUCACAGGAGCAUACGCAGGGAAUGGAAUCCAGUAUGUAAUUCCAGCUUUUCUGGCAUUAUGUAGUCGAAAGGACUCUGCCUUGGUAUAUGGGCCUGAACUCAGUAAUAAAUACCUUUCUCCAUUUCGGCAAGUUGGCUGGGUGUGGUUUGUGCUCUGCUGGGCACUGGCUUGUUUCAUCUUUGUAACAGCUAACUUCAUCUUAACUGACAUCAACAUAUAAUUAGGUUGUAGGUAUGCAGGACACACGAGAAUCCAAUGAAAAAAUGUUUUCCGCCUCCACUAUAUCUAUUGUUUCUCAUGAUGUUGGGCUGGUCCCUGUCUUACUAAUGUAUAUUGUUUUCUUUCCUGUUAGAAUAAGUGUUGUGCCUGCACAUUGGAAGAUAAAAGUGAAAUAAUUAACUAACUUCAACGGUCUGAUAUUUUGCACAAGUAAUGUCUGUUUAUAUGUGCCUUGCUCAUAGAUGGGAACUUGAGAAUCUGGGGGGGUUCUUGGACCUCAAAACUAACUUUGAUUUGUCUCUUUACGGCUUAAAAUUUAACUGCUGUACUUUUUGUUCUCUCUACAAGUAAAAUCCUAGCUUCCUAGCUCUGUGUGCAUUAGGUAGCUUUUUGCAUUGCACAUAGGAAGUGGUUCAGCAGACCUGCUACUGUGGACCAAAGCUUUUUUUUUUUUUUUAAACAGAAUAAAGCGAAACGACUUAAGAAAUUGUGUAUUUAAUGGUGGGGUAACUCUUACUACAGAGGAGCUUCUACUGCAAGAAGUGUGGAGCUGGCCCUGUACAAUUCAUGGAAAGUAGUAAAACACCUAACUGAUUGAGCUAUACAUUAUACAAGGUCGAAAAACUUUUACUGGAGAAACUUGCUGGGUUCAAGGACAGAUGGGGUCCUUGGGCAACACUGAUACACUGUACCCAUAGAUAUUUACCACAUAAUUUAGUCUGUCUCUGUGUCAUGCCCCAGGAAUUAUAUUUAAGGGGACAUGAAGGGAGCAACAGACAAAGCUAGGAAACCAUUAUAUGAAACAUGUUUUUGUUCCCACAAAGCCACAUGAAAGUUAGCCGACUGUCUUCACUUAACCAAUUAUCAAAAAUCAUAUAAGGCAGAAUAAAAAAUACAUCUUUA